GCUGUGCCUGCUCCAGCCACCGAGCGAGCUGGGAGCAUGGGGCAGGUGGCUUGGAAGGCUUUAUUUCUGUCUCUUUUCGAUUAUAAAACGGAGAAAUACGUCAUUGCCAAGAACAAGAAGGUUGGGGUCCUCUACCGAGUGGUGCAGCUCUCCAUCCUGGCUUACCUGGUGGGGUGGGUGUUUGUGGUCAAGAAAGGCUACCAGGACACAGACACGUCCCUCCAGAGCUCUGUCAUCACCAAGCUGAAAGGGGUGGCCUUCACCAACACCUCGGAGCUGGGGGAGAGGAUUUGGGAUGUUGCAGACUAUGUCAUCCCUCCCCAGGGCGAAAGUGUCUUCUUUGUCAUGACAAAUCUGAUUGUGACCCCAAACCAGAGACAAGCCACGUGUGCUGAGAGUGCCAGCAUUCCCGAUGCCCUGUGUGACAAGGACACAGACUGCCUGGAAGGGGAAGCAGUGGUGGCUGGCAAUGGGGUUAAGACUGGCCGUUGUUUGAAAGACAGGGGCAGCACCAGAGGGACUUGUGAGAUACUGGCCUGGUGCCCAGUGGAGAAAAGAUCCAAGCCCAAGAAACCACUUCUGGGCAGUGCAGAAAACUUCACUGUUUACAUCAAGAACUCCAUUCGCUUCCCCAAGUUUAAGUUCUCCAAGAUGAAUGUGCUGGCCACUGACAACGAGUCCUACCUGAAGAGCUGUCGGUACAGCCAGGAGCAUCCCUACUGCCCCAUCUUCGUGCUGGGCAACAUCGUCCGCUGGGCUGGGGGCGACUUCCAGGAAAUGGCCUCGCAGGGUGGUGUGAUAGGAAUUCAGAUUGAAUGGAACUGUGAUCUUGAUAAAGCCCCUUCUGAAUGUAAUCCUCACUAUUCUUUUAGCCGGCUGGAUAACAAGUCUGCAGAAACCUCCAUCUCUUCUGGGUACAACUUCAGGUUUGCCAAGUAUUACCGGGAUGCUGAGGGGGUCGACUACCGGACGCUCAUUAAAGCCUACGGAAUCCGCUUCGAUGUGAUGGUGAACGGCAAGGCAGGGAAAUUUAACAUCAUUCCCACCAUCAUCAAUAUCAGCUCGGGGCUGGCACUCAUGGGAGCUGGAGCUUUCUUUUGUGACCUGGUGCUGCUGUAUCUGAUCAAGAAGAGUAACUUUUAUCGAGGCAAAAAGUAUGAGGAAGUAAAGUCCAACUCCAGGAAGUCCUUGUCCAGCCCUACGCUGAAUGGGAAUCAGAGCCCGGAGCAGCUCGAUGGGCUCUAGGCACAGCAGAGGCUCUGCCAGCUCCAGGAAACCCACACAGGUGUGGCACCACACCAGCACUGGGAGGUGGACAUACCCCAGAUCAGGCCUGCUAUGAUCAGGAUUCCCAGAGGAAAAAGCCUUCUUUAAAGACUGCCUUUCUUCCCUGAGAUUUCUCUGGGAUCCUGAGCUUGCAACAUGUGUCGUCACUAUGGAUUUAUAAAAGGAUUUUUAUAAAAGGACAAAGAAGGCACCAAAUGAAUGUUUUUAUAUCCACUGAUAAAUAUAUCUGUACUUAUACCAAUA